AUGUGCGAGGUGAGCUCAGGCAAGUGCACCUGCAGCGCUGGUUGGGCCGGCCCGGACUGCCGUCGCGAGGCCUGUGCUGGCGAUUCGCAGUGCUCGGGCCAUGGCUCGUGUCUCGGGCCGGAGUACGUGUGCGAGUGCGAUGCCGGGUACACUGGCCCCAACUGCGCAACCUCGAUCCUGUCCGACUCGCAGACUGUGCCGUGGAGAGAGCACCCAAGUGGCGGGCUGCCAGCUUGGGAGCCGUCAGUGCUUGCACGGACGCAGGCUGUCGCAGUAGCGGUGUCAGAGAGCUACAUGCUGGUCUUUGGCGGUGGCUCGAUCUAUGGGCGGUCGUACCGUAGCGACGCUGUCGUGUUUGAGCCGCACCUGGCCGGGACCGGCACCGAGGUGACAGUGCCGGUCUCCGGCCAGGUGCCAGCACCUCGGUCGGGUGCGGCCGGGGCGUACCAUUCUGGGAGUCAGACGCUGUAUGUGUUUGGUGGCGAGACGGCCGAGAAUGUGUACACGGCCGAGGUGUACGCGCUGUCGCUCAACGGAACUGUACCGGCGGUGAGCGGGACAUGGCGCAAGAUAAGCGCUCCUGGCGAACCGGGGCUGCUGGCUGGCACCGGGGCGGCAGCAGCCUACCACAGCGACGGGCUUAUCUAUGUCUUUGGUGGAUACGCGGCUGAUACCGGGUUUUCACACCGGCUGGCGAUUUUUGAUCCGAUCGUCGACGCGUGGGUGAGCUACGUGAGCGGGCCGGACGAUCCGUGGCCGCGUGCGCGACAGGGCGGGUCACUUGUCUCGCUCCCGGGUACGGCAUCACUGGCGUUGUUUGGAGGCUCUGCGCCGAACCGAAUCGAUUUACAGGACUUGUGGCUCCUCCACGGGCCGACGCGGACGUGGAGCCAGAUCACGCCUGGCCAGUCUGACCCGUGGCCGGCGGCGCGGUACCUGCACUCUGCGGUAGCGCUGUCCUCGGACGUGAUGCUUGUGGUAGGCGGGCGAAUCACGACGUCACCGUCACCGUCUUUGCCGCCGGCAUGCUUUGGCGACGACGCCUGGGCCUUUGUGUUCUCCGCGGACAAGUGGGUGUUUCUGGGGUCGGACAUGGUGCGUGCGCCGACGCCUGAUGCACCAUGGCCUGGAGCGCGGUACGGACACAGCACCGCGGUGGUGCCGAGUGUGGGCGUGGUGCUGGUGGGCGGCUUUGAGACCGGUGUGAUGGCACGGACUGCGUGGACUUGGGAUAUUGUCGACGUACUGCCACCGAGCGUGGAGGCGGCGUACAGCGGCGGGCGGUCUGCCUGCGACGAGCUUUCUUCGAGCUGCUACGAUUGUGGGCGGCAUCCGUCGUGUGUGUGGUGCCCGUUUGCCGAGCAAUGCCGGCCGCUACGAGACGAGCCCGGAGCGUGCGACGGUGAAGCCGGAAUGCCCAAUGGGUGCCUGGAUCAAGGAUGCGCGGCGCUGUCGUCGUCAGGCUGCUCCGACUGUGCCCGGCGAGCAGACUGUGAGUACUGCACCGCGACGUCGAGCUGCAUGGCGAGUGGGAGCUGUAGCGGGACGCCGGUGUCAAGUCCGGCGAUGUGCCCGGAGACGCGCGACUGCACGCGCGCGGUCGAGUGCAACGCAUGCAUGGACGUGGACGGGUGCUCUUGGUGCCACUUGGGUGGAGGUGGGAACUGUUUUGACGAGUCGGUGCCGAACGCGUGCCCGACAUCGUCGCCGCUGCCCGCAGGGGUAUGCCGGACGCGGUGCGAGGCGCUGUCGGGGUGCGGACAGUGCACAGGCGCGCUUUGCAUGUACUGCGAGUCGACUGACGACUGCUUCUCCUCCACUGACUACCUCAUGGCGUACCCGUACGCCGAGUGUCCGGACUGGCACUUUGGGCUGGGCGAUUGCCCGGCGCCAUGCAGCGCCCACUCGACGUGCGGAUCGUGCACGGAUGCGCUUGACUGUGGAUGGUGCUCGAGCACGGCAACAUGUGUGGCCGGCGACACGAACGGCCCGCAUGGGGCGAGCAACGCGAUGGCGGACGGAACGGCGGCGGAGCCGGCGUCGUGCGCUGCUGACAACUGGUACUUUUGGGAGUGCCCGUGCUCGGAGAGCAGCCUCGGGUGUGACGCAUGCGUGAGCGAUUUGCGGUGCGCAUACUGCGUGGACGCGGGUCAGUGCCUCGAGGGCGCGUUUGUGGGCCCGCCAGGCAACCGAAGCCUGACACUUCCGCUGGAGGCCGAGUGCGAAACGUACGACGUCGGGUUUUGCCCGGUGUGCGGAGCGUGGACGAGCUGUGAGGAGUGUGGGGCUGAUCCUGCGUGUGGAUGGUGCGGGGCCAGCCAGAUUUGCGAGCGCGGCGGGGCGGUGGCGCCUGCUACGUGCUCAUCGGGCUGGCUGUACGGCGUGGCGUGCCCGAACUGCACCGCAGCGGCGAGUUGCGGAGCGUGCGUGGACGUGGCGGGGUGCGGGUGGUGUGAGGGCGUCGGGUGCGUGCCGGGUGACGGCAGCAUUGGAGCGUACGAGAACGGGCUGACCUGCCUCGCUUUUGACGUGUACAACUGUGCCGGCCACUGCUCGGUGCUUGGGCGUGGGUCGUGCUCGUCAUGCGUGGCGCUGGACGACCCCGAGUGCGGAUGGUGCUGCACGACAGCGUCGUGCACGGUAAGCGAAGCGUGCAAUGGCGCGCCUGUCCGCGAGUUUUACACCGAGACGUGUCCAGUAUGCACCGCAAGCGAUUGCGACGAGUGCCUUGCCGGCUUUUCCGGCGGCUCGUCGGCGUGCUGCGGGUGGUGCGACGAGACGAGCAGCUGCAUCCGUGUCGAACCUGCGUGCUCGCUGUGGGCAUUUGGCUCGUCAUGCCCGGCCGACUGCACGGCGGAGAGCGGGUGUGACGAGUGCACGGCGCACUCGCACUGCAUGUGGUGCGCGACGUCUGAGCGAUGCCGGUACUCGUUUGACCUUGGCGAGUGUCCCGCCCAGGACUGGCACUCGAGCAGCUGCCCUGUUCGGUGCGCCGACGCCUCGUCAUGCCGGUCGUGCACAGGGCUGGCCGAGUGCGGGUGGUGCGGGGCGGAGGACAAGUGCAUGCGUGGGACGCCUUCGGGCCCGACAACGGUGGUGGGCACGUGCCUGGCGGAGCAGUGGAGCUUUGCGAACUGCGACGCGGUGUGCGCGUCGCGGAUUGUUGAGGUCGGGCGCGACGAGGCAUGUCAGCAGUGCACCGCGGAGCCGUCGUGUGGGUACUGUCCGUUCAUGACGUCCGACACGGGGAUUGGCGCGUGUGUGACGGGCGCAACGACUGGGCCGGUUGGCUCGCCGUGCGGCUCGUACGUGGCAUCAGGCUGCCCUGUGGUGACGCAAAUGACGCCGGGCACCUCGCGCAACGGGGUGCUCGAGUCUGGGCAGCGGCGACAGCUCUCGCUGUGGACGACGGCAGGUGACCAGACGGUGACGAUCAAGGUGACGAGCAGCCCGCCGGUUGCCAUGUUUGUCUCGACCAAACAUUUUAUGCCGUCGAGUGAGGCCGGCUUUGAGUGGCACGUCAUCUCGCCUGGCUCGCUGGUGGUGACGCCGGCCGAGUUUACCGACGACGUCAUGCCUGUGGGCGCGUUCUACGUGACGCUGCAGUGCAGCGGUGGGCUCUCGGCGUGCCGAUACCAUGUGACGGCAUCACUGAGCUCACCGGAUAAGCCGCCGUCGAACUCUGCGUUUUGGAUCGUGUAUUUUGUGGGUGUGUUCUUUGGAGCGCUUAUUGCGGUCAUCCUCAUUGCGGUGCUGGUCAAGAAGCUACGCGAGUCACUGGAGGCACCGUCGACGGCGGCGUUCCAGCGGCGGGCGGCGAUCAACCGGCGAGUCCGCCCACACGUCCCGCUCCGGGUCAUUGUACCGGGGAACGAGCACGUGGCCUCGCCGUGGUUCCUUGUCCUCCCGGUCGGCGAGUCGGAGCCGUCGGUCCACGCGGUGCUGGCGCUCCCUCGCGGCGCGUUUCGCAUCGGACAGGUGGUCAAGACCGCUCCGGGCAAAAAGAUGGUCCGGGUCUCGAACCGGCGGGCUGUAGAUUCGGCCAACUCGCACGAGCCCGGCGCCGAGCUCCGUGAGCUCCCACCGCACCUCCGGAGCAUGCUGCACUCGUCGGGCGAGUCGACCAUGGCGUCGUCGUCAGUGGUCUCGGCGUCGCGAGUCACUGUCUCGGGCGUUGAUCAUCCACUUCCAAGCAACAGCAGUGGCGGUGAGCUAUUUGCUGGCGUUGUGCCUAUGGCCGACCUUGUCGACACGGGCUCGACCUCGACCUCGGGCUCGGGCUUUAGCGGCGGCGGCCAAGACGACGCCGACGGGUCUUCAGACGUGUGGGGCGUUCGUGUUGUCGCUGAUGACACCCCGUUGCCCACAGCAGGUGGCGUCUUUGAAGACGACAUCGGGCGGGAGCUGGCGAGUGAUACCUGGGGUGAGCUCUCCAGCGUGUAA